CUUGCGAAUUUAUAUAUUGAUAUCACGCACAUGGUUUUUUUCCGAGUUUGCGCUUUACCGCGGUAAUACGAAAUGGCGGAUUGUAGGUUCUAGUUCUUGUCGCUGUAUUUUCGUAGUAAAAUGUCCUGAUUACAUGAGUUAUUUGCACCGUAAUUACGAUUUCAAGGAGGAGAUUACAACUGAUGAUAAGAAGACUUCUAUGAUUUAUUGAUUGAAAACGAUGGAGAAGAAACGCGUAAUCGACAACAUUGUAGUAUAUAAUAGUGAAUUAUUCAUUAAAUGUAAAUGGGGUGAUUGUGGUCAAUCAUUCCCUAAUUAUACUCGUUUUCAUGUUCAUUUAAUGGGAUGUCAUAUAAAACAUUCAACGAAUAUUUGUUUAUGGAAUGAUUGUCAAAUGAACACUCUUCAAGAUUACAAGCAAUUAUUACGUCAUGCAUUGUUACAUGCAUUUUUUGAAGAUUGCAUAGUUGAUACCAAUGUACUACUUAGAUCUCAUCAUAAAAUAUGGAGUUUUGUCUGCUCUGGACCCAGUUAUCAGAAACCAGCCUAUCGUCAACGAUCAACAGACAAAUUCUUAUCAAAUCCUGUAAUUUUAGGAGAAGGUUUCUGUUGUCAAUGGAAAGAUUGUCACUACGUUACAGAUUCAGCCUACUUAUUUGUAGAUCAUGUUUAUCAACAUGAUUAUUCAAACAAGGAUAGUGAUAAUGAUGAUGGCGAUGAUGAUGAUGAUGAGGAUGAUGCUGAACGCCAUGAAGAUAGUUCUCAGUUAAUUUGUUUAUGGCAAUCAUUAGAUAAUGAUAAAAGAAAUACGUGUAACUUUGUAUGUAGUCGUCGUUCGGUACUUCGUCGUCAUGUACGUCGUCAUACUGGAUUACCAAAUUACAUUUGUUCUAGCUGCCUGACUUGUUUUACAGAGUUUGUUAAUUUCAAGGAGCAUUUUAUAUGGAGUUUACUUGGAGAUCGAGAGAAUGUGAUAAGAUAUAAUGAGCCAGGCAAUGAAGAUAACCAAUGUCCAGUUGAAUUGAAGAUUAUCAUGGAAUCGAAAUAUUUCCCAAAACAUCUUGAAGGCAGAGCUUUAUUCCGAUGUCCUACAUGUAUUAGAGCAUUUAUAACAAAAGAUUGUUGGUCUACCCAUAAAAAUGAAUGUCCAAAGGCAAAAAACAAAAUGAAGACUACUGCUAGUACUACUACUACCACUACUACUGCUACUGCUACUACUACUAUUACUACUACUACUACUACUACAGCCACUACUAAUACUACUACUGAUGAAACGAUAAAUUCAAAAGCAUCGAAAGAUAAUGCUGUUAUAAAUCCUCGAAAACGUGUUUCACAACCAUAUUAUAAAACAGUUGUCAAUACUACUGAUUACAUAUACUGUUGUCAAGUGGGUGAUUGUACCUAUAAGUCAAGUAAAUUAACUGCAUAUCGUUCUCAUUAUAGACGUUAUCAUUUAAGUAGUAAUCCUGAUGGUUUAUGGUAUUCAUGUCAUAUAUGCACAGCAUAUAAGGCUCGUAAACCUUGUACAAUAUCUCAUCAUUUAAAGACUGUACAUUCAUUUAAAGUGCCUGAUGGAUGUAGAAGAUUCACGUUCACAUUCGAUGAAUCUAGUCAAACUUAUCAGUUAAUUGGGCGACCACAAGAGAAAAUCAAGCGUUUGAGAGAAUUAGCACCGAAACAGUGUUGAUAUUUAUGCAAUAUAAAUUUGUACAGACAGUGAUUUGAUGUAAAAUAUUAUUAAUAUAUGUAUAUACCUUC